AUAUUGUAGGGGGGGGGGGACAACGGUGGUGGAAGUGAGCAUGGCUAGAGACUGUAUAUCCAGAGGCUAGGGUUUGUAUCACGGGCUGCUCUAGACUGUUAUAAUUUGUGGCACAGAUUCAGCGAGAAUCUGAUCUGCUGAAAAUAUUUGGGCUGUGAAAACUCCCACACUGUGACAGAUGUCAAGUCCAAUUAAGUGACUCGUGUCCAGGUUUCUGUCCAAUAGGCUUUCCCAUUAAAUAUCAAUUUAAGAGGGAAAAAAUGCCGCCCCCUUUUCUCCGAGCCUUUAUCUCUUCCAACCAUCUCGAUGCUAAACCCUUUGGUACCAGGAGCGGAUCCGCAUGCAUCUCCGCUCUGUCCGUCUGCCUGUCUCGCCCCUGCCACCUUCCGCACCUCUCCUUGGCUUCUUUGCCACUCCGCGAGGGGUGGGAGGAGGAACUGCACUUUCUUUUUGUGCGAGUGAGCAUACCUUUUCCUGCACGGACGUUCCCCCUCGCAGCCGCUCCGACCCCGCGCCGAGAUUUGCGUUUAUUUCGUUUUGAUUUUUCUUUUCAACGUUCGCAUUUCGCUUUUUCUAUUCUCCCUCGAGAGAUGCAGGAGGAGUUAGGAAGCUCAGGGACGGAUGGGGGUUCCGUUUAUCCUUUUUUCCCACCCCCUCGGCAGCUCUUGAAGGACCAGAAGAAAAACUAAACCAAACAUUUUAUUUCCCGACGGCCUCUCCCCUUUCUCCUGCCCCUCUCUCCGUGGAUUAACAAACCCGCACGUUGCACCCCGAAUAAUAACACUAGAGAAGAAAAGGAGGGAGCAACGCAUUGUUACCGGGGCCGCGGCCGAACAAAGCCGGCAACGCCAAGCCCGGCUCCGCGCAGCGCGGAGCGGCCGCCGGUUUUCCGUGCCCGGGGCUCCGCGCCGGGCCCGGCCCGGGAGCUGCGGAGGGGGGGGGCAGAGGGGAAGGAGAGCCCGAGGGGGCGGGAGAGAGGGAAUAACCCCUGCUGGGGCUGUCGCCGCAUUCCUUUUGUUACUUAUCGCGAUUGGGGAACAGGACGAAAGAAGAGCGGGGGAACCGGCACUUCCCGGCGCAGUCCCCCCCCAAAACAUAACCCCGACUGGCAGCAGCUGCCGGUGCUGCUCCGAAUUAGCGGGCGGAGGCAGACUUCGAUGGGGGAAACGCUUUUUCUCCCCGAUGCAUCGUAAGUAACUUAAGUUGUUAUUUAUACUCUGCCACCAACCACGGCGAUAACAUCUCCCCAUCUCCGGAGCGCUGGAGGCCGCGGCGAGGGAUGAGAUCUGCCUUUUCCCCAUCCAAGCAGGACACUUUUUCAGCUCCUAAUUCAUUUGAUUUGAUUUUGAUGUUUUAAUUUUUCCAUGCUCCGUUGCCGGAGGGUCAUUUAAACUGUAAAGGAAUCGCCGAGGGGGCGAGGGGACCCGGAGAGAGAGGCUAUCCGAACCGCUCCGCCGAGGCUCCUCCUCCGCCCCCUCCAAGAUGAUGCUUAGCCCUGACCAAGCUGCCGACUCCGAUCACCCCUCCUCGGCUCCCUCCGACCCGGAGUCCCUCGGCGGCGCGGACCCCCAGCCGCUCAGCUGCUGCGUCUCCGACCCGGAGCCCGCCGAGGGCGGUGGCGGCGGCAGCGAGGGCCGGGGCGGCGGCGGUGUCGGGGAGGGCCGGGUCGGGGGCCGGCCAGGGCUGCACCCGCCGCCGCUGAGCCGGGAGGAGAAGCGACGGCGGCGCCGCGCCACAGCCAAGUACCGGUCUGCGCACGCCACUCGGGAGCGGAUCCGAGUGGAGGCCUUCAACCUGGCCUUCGCCGAGCUCCGCAAGCUGCUGCCUACCCUGCCCCCCGACAAGAAGCUCUCCAAGAUCGAGAUCCUGCGCCUCGCCAUCUGCUACAUCUCCUAUCUCAACCACGUCCUCGACGUGUAGCGCCCGCACGCCCCGAAGGACCUCCGGAGCCCCGGGACACUCCCCCACCUCUCUCCCCGGGGCUUCUCCCUCCCGGUGCGGUGCGGCCGACGGCGGGGGGGGGGCCCCCCCCCCUCCCGUUUAUCGACGAGAAGUGUAAAACCGGAUUGUUUCUUCAGGCUGUCAAGUGCCCCUUUAUAUAUAUAUAUAUCCAAAAAACACAUCUACUUGUGACCUUAAACGUGUGACCCAUGGGUGCAGUUAAAAAUAACUAUUUUUUAUUUAUGGUAGAAGGAGUCGACAAUUUAUUUUUUUCCAAGAUUUAUUUAUUUUUCAGAGUGGUGGCGAUUUUACUUUGGAUACUUUGUGCCAAUUCGUUUCUAUAGUCGGGUGUUUACACUUUCUCCGUGUGGAACGUUAUGUUUAACUUUAUGAGUGUUUGUUGGGAUGGAUACAGUGUUCCUUUUCCUUUAUUUAUUUAUUCCUUUUAAUUCAUUUCCGCCCUCCAAUGAUAUUGCACUUGUGCACGACAAACCUCCCCUGUUUAUAUUUUAUGUAUAUCAAGGCAUUUGUUCUUGCCCUUUCCCCCCCCCCCUUUCUUUUCUCGUGUGGUAUGGACAACCACUAGCACUUAACUAGGAGAGGGUUUUUUAAACACUUGUUCUUCUGAUCUAUAGUUACGUCUGGAAAGUACUUUGCAAAUCGUUUAUAAGGAAAGUAGUAUCUUUGUGAGGUGUAUAUGUGCGUGUGCGUGUGUGUGUACAUGCAUGUGUGGGGGAGUGAGCGCCGGUGUGUAUGUGGGAUGGUAUAUUUUUAGGAAAGGACCUUUUUCCUAAAGAAAAAAAAUAGAAAAAAAAAAUAGAAAGAAAAAGUAAAUCCAGGACUGCUUUCCUUUGUGACAACCAAAAAAAAAAAAAAAAAAAAGAUAUUCUAUAACCUGAAGAUGUUUCAUGUUCUUUGCUGUGAAUCUCUUAAAACAGGAAGCGCAUUUGAGGGGACGAAAGAGAAAAAGAGAGAGAAAAAUAAAAAACAAACCACAUCUGCUAUCCAAAGAUUUUAGUCUUUUUCAGGGUUUUUUUGUGUGUCUCUGUUGCUUUAUAUAAUGCAAUAUUUUGUAGUGAAAAUAGAAAAAUCUGGUUUCUAUCUGAUGCGUUUUUCAUAUCUCUCAUGAAUGGUGAGCUGUUUUGCAUAUAAAUAAAAGUAUCAAAUAAAAGCUGUUUUUUCCUAA